GAUUCUUGUUAUAAAUAGAGGGAGGACCGAAGGAGUACAGUAGAAGGGUUCUGGAAAGGAAAAAGGCGCGCUCCCUCAGUCUACUCCCGUCUCGUCUGUUUCCGAUCUCCCGCUUCGUUUUUCAGCAAUUUGCAUCUGCAAAUUGAAUCAAUCAAUCAGAAUAUGGAUCCAUUAAGCCCUGCAGUCAUUGUCAAUGCAGAACUGUUGCCCUUUUAUGUCGGAAGAAGGGUUCGUACAGUGAUGCAGGUUGUGCGAUCUGACGUUCUAGCUGUCAUUGGAAAAUCACCAGAUGAGAAGCAGUUGAUUGUAAAAGGAUCACCCCCUGCUCCUCUUACAAGUUUUGUAGAAGUUAUUGGUAUUGUUAACAGUGACAAGUCCAUCAAAGCUGAGUUAUGGACCAACUUUGGUGAUGAAAUUGAUAUGCUCAGCUACCAUAAGCUAUGUCAGCUUGCAAAUGGAGAAUUUAAACACUUGUUCCUGUGAGUUGAGUUACAGCAAGCUUAUCUGACUAUACAAAGACAUCUCUAUCAUAUGGAAAAACUGGAGGAGACAUUACUGUUGUGUUGGCUAAAAUGUUCAAUCGUUUUUGUUCCCACGGUAAAUAAUAUCUGCUUGUGCUAUAAUUGAAAUCUAUAGAUUUUUUUGGGGGUCAUGACUCAUGUCUAAUAUGAGUCAUAUUCUGAUUUUUAAAACACUUGUCUGUUAUCUUCAGAUUGAUCUCUUUCAGAAGAUAUGUUGAGAAAUAGAUUUGUUGGUUUAUGUUGUAUAUCUUUUGUUGUGAAUCUAUCCUUGAAAUGCAGUGAUCAGCAUUGCUA